AUGUCUCAAAAACACGAUAUUGAGUCAAAAGCAGUAAUAGGUUUAUUUAAAAAACAAUUUGAAGAGAUAUAGCUUUAUAUAACUCAUGUAGACUUGCUAUUCAAGACAAAAAAUUUUCAAUAAGAUUAAGUAAUUCUUAAAUAAUAAAUCUGA